CCAGCUUGGUGUAACCGCCCGCCCCCUCCAGCAGCAGACUCAUAAUUCAGCCGUUUGAGAACCGCUCCUUUGUGUGAAAACGUUUUCCAACACCACAUUAUGCCACAGACAGCACUCAUGUCGUCGGUCCGACGUGCAGCUGCUGCGCCACCCGUUUGUAUCUGCCUCCUGCUCUGCUUUGUGUCGCAUUGGAUUUAAAGGCAGAGUUAUUGGGGAUUGAAGCGAAGUUAGAGAUGAUGGCUGCCUCGCUAUGGCUGUGAGGUGAAUAUGAGAUGUCUGGAAAACAUGAAUGCCAGUAACUCCAACAGUGUCCUCUAAGCGCAUUUGGGAGACGGGACGCAGAAGACCGGGGGAGGUCGGGACACGGGAGCGGAAACCCGCCGGACAGCCGAGGACCGGAGUGGAGAGCCUCCAGCUGGCUGGCUGGCUGGCUGAGCAGACAGCAGUGGGCCUCACAAAACGGAGGGCGCGGUGAAGGACACUGAGGUAGCCUGUUCAGAUACCCACCCCUGUUGGAUGAUGGGUAACCAUACUGGCAAAGACAGCCAUGGCACCACAGGUUCUCCUUUAGAUUUCUUCCACACGCCUCCUACCACACCCUCAGAUGCAGAGCUGAUGGCCUUAUCCUCUGCAGCUUCCUCUAAUAAGGCGCAGACGCCAUCACCAGCCGGCAGCACCACCCCCUCCGCCACCUCUCCAGUCCCAGACUGGACCCAGAAACUGUCGGCUCCCUCAGAAUGGGCUGUGAUAAGCGUAGACAGCAUCACCUCAGAGACAAACGUGAGCGAUGCGGUGGCGAGGCACGGCAAGGCGGCAGGCAGCCCGGCGUCCCCGCCUCCGUCCAGAGGGUCGCCGUCAGAGGAAAGCUGGCAGGAGCGGGACAGUGGAGUGGAGCCACAGGCUGCAGAAGAGGGAGCCGGAGAGGAGAUGACCAUGGUUUUACUCAGUCUGAUGGAGCACUACGGGGCCUCGCUAGGCCUGACCCCCAACGCUGAUGUUACCACAGGAGCAGUAGAGCUGCUCAGACGCUUGAUAACACAGAAAGAUGAGCUGGUUGAGGAGGUGGACACACUGAGGGAGACACUCAGGACGGAGAGGCUGGAGUGGCAUCAGUUCCAGUGUGACCUGCAGGUCGCGGUGUCCGUGGCCGACCGGCUGCGGGUCGAGUCGGAGCAGGCUCUGGUUUUGCUCCAGGAGAACCACAGGGCUGUGGAGGAGCAGCUGGCUCAGGCCCUCAGCAGACAGCAGGAGAAGGACAGGGAACUGGAGAGCCUGAGAGCCGAGUACAGAGACGUCUGCGCAAAACUAAGUGAACUCGCCCUGCAGCAGCGGCGCGAGCGGGCCGAGCUGGAUGCUCUGAGGAGUGCAGUGAAAGAUGUAACAGACUGUGAUCAACAGACAGAGAGACAAGCCGGGGGCGGCGAGGGGGUGGAAAUACAGAAAGUCGUGGAGGAUAUUCCUCAAACUGAGACUGAAACUGAAAAUGGUGUAAAGCGACAGGAGGAGAAUGAACCAAAUCAAGAGUUGGAUGCUAAACUUGAUCCUGAGGAGGCAAAUGGAUCAGAGAACGUGCAUCUGACAGGGAAGGGGGUGGCGGAGGGAUACCUUCGCAGUUUGGCCGCCCUGGAGAAGAAGAAAGAAAGGCAGAAAGAUCCAAGGAGGAUUGUGAUGCUGUCUGAAAGAUCUUGGAGUCUCUCUCGUCUCCCGCUCGCAACUGACUCCUCCAGUGAAAAUAGGACCUCAGCAAACACAAGCACAACAUUGCCGCUAUGCAAGAAAGAAGAGCCACCAAUACGGAGGAGAAUGGACCGCAUUCUACAGCGGCAGGACAGCUGGUCCAGCUUCUACACGGGGAAACUGGAUGGAGACCAAAGCUCAGAUUCCAUCAAACCUCAGGAUGGUUUCAGUGCUCUGCUAAGGCGUCAUGGCGGCUCCAGAAGAAACUCCCUGCUGCGCUGGUGUCAGACUCGCACCCAAAGCUAUAAGAAUAUCGAGAUCACAAACUUCAGCAGCAGCUGGGAGGACGGCUUGGCGUUCUGUGCUGUUUAUCACACGUACUUACCAACUCGCAUCCCGUACGACAACCUCAGCCCAGCAGACAAGAAGGAGAAUCUGGACCUUGCUUUUAAGACGGGGCAGAGUGUGGGAAUCACAGCCACACUGACGGUGGAGGAGAUGCUGAAGGCGGACGGGCCCGACUGGCAGAAGGUCCUGGGUUACGUCGAAAGCAUUUUCCGUCACUUUGAGAUGUGAAGUUCUUUCCUCUCGUCUUCCGCUUGGUUCUUUUCCGUCAUCACCAUCAUCACGUAGGACUGAAACACCGUUCGCCACAAGAUGGGACUCCUCUCAAAAUGGAUUGCCAGGCGACAUUGGUUUUUAUGAAGAUUUUAUGUAUCAUACAAUAUCCUUCACACAGAAAUGAUUAUUAGCCAGCAAAUGGAAGAAAAUUAAUUAUUGGAGUUUUUAUAUAUAUAUAUAUAUAUAUAAAUAUAUAUCGAUUCAGAUCCAAAUCGCUGCUGGCUGUUGAUGUACAAGACACACAAAAAUUUGUCAGAUUUAAAACCAGUACAGGAUUUAAGUCCACCUGCAAAUACUAGAAUUAUUUUCACAUUUGUUAAGAGGUGCUGGGUGCACUGAUUUUUUUUUUUUUUUGCACAGUUUUGCCUUUUAAAACAGAAGAGAAAAAAGCACUUUAUUAUGAAACUUGUGUUCUCAAGUGGAUGAUUUAAAAAUCUGUAGCACUUUAUUUAACUUGCUUAAUCAUGAACCUUUCCUGCCUUGUUGCAGUCAUCCUGUCUGCAUGCACCCAAACCCAAAACCCACAAAAGGAGCAAACGUUGGAAUAGCGAUACCUGUCAUAAGGACGUUGCCUUCGAGGAAGUGUAUAUUAUGUAGAUGUGUGUAAGUACUUGAGUGUUUUUAAAAACAUGGUAAACAUAUGUUGUUGUUGACAAAGCCUUACUGCAAUAAUAAAGUUAUGUAUAUGGAAGUUUUUUCA